GCAGAUGAAAUCAUCAAAUUUUAAAAUAUUAUUGCAGAGAUAAUCGCGUAAAAGAAAAAAUAGACAAAUUUAUCAAAUAUAUAAAAUUAGACUUUAUAAUAUAAUAACACUCUCAAGGAAAGAUAUAUCAAAAAAGGAAAAUAAUAAAAUUAAGUUAAACUACAACGUGUUAUUCGAGGGUCAGUUGUACUAGUUUUGUUUUGCCGAAAAUUUUGCACACAUUCUUUCUGAGGAAAUUUUAAAUAAUUUACAAAAAAAACCGAAUAAAAAUAUUUAAAAUAAAUAAUAUAUCGAUUGAUAACUAUUUGCAACUAACAUUUAAAUAAAAGUGUGCUUCGAUAGAAUUUGCAAUUUCUUAAAAACUCUAGUAAGACAAGAGUCUAGAAAAGUAUUGAAAAUGGAAGAGUGUGAUGAAACUAAGGCAACAGUGGCAGCAACAUCGAAUGCUCAAGAAAGUAACAGCGGCAGCAGCAGUGGCAAUAAUAAUAUAAUUAAGGAUUUACCCAAAAAUGAACAAAAGAAACCGGCUUUUAUAUGCGGCGUCAUUGAGGGUUUUUAUGGGCGACCCUGGACCACGGAGCAGAGAAAGGAUUUAUUUAGAAAGUUAAAGAAAUGGGGCAUGGAUUCAUAUGUGUAUGCACCCAAGGAUGAUUAUAAACAUCGUGCCUAUUGGCGUGAAUUGUACACUGUGGAAGAGGCGGAUCACUUAUCCGGGUUAAUAGCUGCCGCUAAGGAACAGGGCAUAACAUUUUACUAUGCCCUCUCUCCCGGUCUAGACAUGACCUACAGCAGCCAAAAGGAAUUGCAAACAUUAAAACGCAAACUGGACCAAGUUAGUCAAUUUGGCUGCGAUGCAUUUGCCUCUUUUGAUGAUAUAGAAUCGGAGUUAUCGAAAUCGGAUAAGGAAGUUUUUCAGACUUUUGGCAAUGCCCAGGUUUCUGUUACCAACGAAAUCUUUACCCAUCUUGGCAAUCCGCGAUUUCUUUUCUGCCCCACCCAAUACUGUAGUACACGUGCUGUGCCUUCUGUUCAUGAUUCGGAAUAUUUAAAUACUUUGGGUUCGAAGCUCAAUCAUGAAAUCGAUAUCAUGUGGACGGGCAGUAAGGUAAUAUCGAAAAUAAUUACUUUGGAGUCGAUUCAGGAGAUAACGGAAAUUCUACGACGUCCACCAGUAAUUUGGGAUAAUUUACAUGCCAAUGACUAUGACCAGAAGCGGGUAUUCUUGGGACCUUAUUCGGGGCGUUCACCUGAAUUAAUACCCCAUUUAAGAGGUGUCAUGACCAAUCCCAAUUGUGAAUUUCAUGCUAAUACUGUAGCCAUUCAUACAUUAGCCUACUGGUCAAGAUGUAGUUUGGAUUCGAAAAUUAAUAGUUCCAUAUCUGCUGAUAUUAAAUUGGAAACGGAAAACGAUGAUGAUAAUGGUACUGAUGAUUUACCAGUAGACUGCUGUUUAUCCAAGAAUAUAUAUCAUCCUCGCAUGGCUCUUAAAAAUGCUAUUGCCGAAUGGCUUCCCGAGUUUUCCAUAGAAAAAGAGGCCUGGGGUCCCAUUACCAAACCUCAACCGGCUGUUACCAUGGUAAUGCCCAUCAUACCCAUUAUACCCUCUAUAAAUACUUGUAUGAGUUUAACCACCACUACAACAACAUCUACCAACUCCAAGACUGUUACCGUACCCGAGGUGAAUACAACACAGUUACAGGCUUUAGCUGAUGUCUGUAGCACUGUGAAUUCCUCAUCGGUUAAUCCCAUAUCAAAUGCCGUUAUGAAUUCUUUGGUAUCGCCCACCAAAGUAGUGACCAAUGAAGAUAUACUCAAUCCAAUAUCUACAAAUAUUGCCUCCAAUAUUGAGCUACCUAAAAAGAUACCCAUCUCUAUAGUUUCGGUACCAAUAAUGGCUACCAAAGAGGUAUCUGAUACGGAAAGUGAAGAUAUGCUAGAUACGGAAAAUGAAAUUUCACCCAUUAAACCAGAAGAUUUAGUUGCGAAGCCGGAAACUCAGGAGCAUUUAGAAAAUAACGAUAAAGAAAUUCUGCCAGAGGUGUUGGAUGAAGAAAAGACUGUUGCUAAAGAUGUUGAAAAGUUAGAAGAAGAUGUAACAAUAGAAGAGAAACCGACCGAAGCUGAUAGUUCUGGUUUGUCUAUAGAUGCCAUGGUGGAUGACAAUAAUUUGAGUCCACUAAGUACCGGCAAUGAGCCCAUGGAAUGUAGUAGUAGCGUCACUUCACAAAUAUCGCCUAAAGAAGAUGUUGGAAAAGUUACCACAAGUGGUAACGAAGACAUUGUUAUGGCUGAAACUGGCUCAAUAAGUGAUGUUAAUAACACCAUGCAAGUGGAGAGUGUGGAAUCUUCACCAAUUUCAAAUGCCGAAAUGACGGAAGUUGAAAAAAUACCAUCUGAGGCGAGUAAAAUGAGUCCUGAAGAUUUGUAUUUACUGUGCGAUCUCUUUUAUUUACCCUUUGAGCAUGGCACCCGUGGUUUAAAAUUACUUAAUGAGUUUAAUUGGCUUAAAGCUAAUGCUCACGUGCUAUUGGAUGAGGGUAAGUGCAAGAAAUCCGGCAGUGAAGCUGAAACUCCCACAAAACCGGAAGUAGCUGAAUGGCUACAGAGAGCCGAGUAUUUCACCAAACUGUGCAAUUGUGUACAAGAGCUAUUGCGUAAGAUAGCUUUGUGUGAUAAUAAAGAGAUUUGCCACGAUUUGUUCUGCUAUGUAUGGGACAUAGCAGGAGCCUUAUCUUUAUUAAAUGCAUUUGUUAAGUGGUUGCGUUUAGGUCACUUUCCGCCCAAUGUCUAUAGUUAUACACAGGGCACGUAUACAUGGUUUAGCAAAGGUUGGAAGGAAGCCUUUAUGUCGGGUGACCAAGAACCUUGGGUAUUUCGUGGUGGUCUCAUAGCCGACUUACAGCGUCUCAUGCCAGUCGAUCAAGGUAAUGAUUUAUUUUUAUAUAAACUGCCAGAAUUACCAACCACUGAAUAUCAUGCCAUGCGUCCAUUUACUGUACUGGAUGAGUCCUCGGUUUAUCAAGUGUGUACAGAAGGGUUUCUGGCCUUAACCUCUCCGGCUGUAUUGGAAGGCGAUGACACGCAAGUAGUAUUGUGUGAAAAAGUAAGAGAUCUUAUACCAGAUUACAUGGUUGGACCUAUCAUUACCUUACAACCAGAGUUUUGUAUUGUGGCCACAGAUAACGCUGGUAAGAUUGUAGGCUAUGCAGCAGCAGCUUUGGAUUAUCACACUUACUCGCGUAAUACUGCAAUGUGUUGGAUGCCGGAAAUGAAAGAAAAAUAUCCGCAAAACUUACUGGAAGAAGUAAACGCAUUUUCUAAAUGCGACAAAUUAAAAGAUAUGUUGGGCUUUAUGAUUAAGGAAUUCCAUGUUGACGGUGAAAUAGCUUGUAUUGCUGAGGUUUUAAGUUCAUAUCCGGCGGUUAUGACAUCGAUGGUUCUAUCAAAUUUGCUAACACCCGAUUAUGGCGUGGGAAAACGUUUGAUAACCGUGUUAUUGGCCACCUUACGGGCAAAUGGUUGCUUUGGUGUUCAUGUGCGCCUAUCAGCUAAAGAUUACACCCUACCCCUGGUGCAAUAUUAUUUGAAACUGGGCUUUGGUGAGAUUUAUCGAGAUGAUGUUGAGAAUACAAUUUAUUUCGGCAGACGUUUUAGCAUAUACAAUGCAUAGAUUUGCCUACAGAAAAAUUAUAAAUAGUAUUUAACUCCUAUCCACACUCAAAAUUGGUUAUGUAGCUUAUGUGAAAACAAUUUGAGAAUCUCUUCUUUUAAAAAGCCACACACAUUGGAACUUAAGCAUAAAUAGCUUACUUUCAUUACUAAGUUUUAUUAAUUUUCUCU